AGAUUAGUUCUUAAUCCAGAAAAACCAUCUUCUCCUCCUCUUUCUCCUUCUCAUAAUAUAUAGAAGAGAGAGAGAGAGAGAGGGAGACAGAGAGAGGUUCUUGUUGGAAAGCUACCAUGGGAAAACUCACCAAGCAAGCUCUCAUGUAUGCCGAGAACCUUACGCUUCCCUCUUUUCAGGUGAUAGUAGUAAAUGGGAACCUGGGUUGUGCUUAUUGUGGAAGGAGAGUCUCCCAACUUAUAUCCAAAAUGAGUGGAUUGAGAGAGUACACGGUGGAUGUGCGAAACAAACAAGUGAUAUUGAAGGGUGAUUUCAAGUUUAGUUGCAGUAAUACAAGCAUUAAUGAUGUUGUUCCCAUGAAGAAAAUGAAGAAGAGUGAUAGGCUUCCAUUCAAGUUCUCCAUCAAUUUUCUCAUAGCAACUUGCAUCCCCAGAUGUUUUUCUAGUUGAUUAUAAUUACCAAUAAUUUAUUUUUUGGGUAAUACAAAAAUGAAUUAAAGUACAAGUAUUGCAGUGAAGGCACUACAUGAAGCACCGUUUCAUCUUGUGAGGUGGCGAUGCUUCAUAUUGUGGCCAGUUUGCCAUUUGUCUCUGGCAAACAACAGAUUUUAAUUUAGAAAUGAAUUUUUUUCAUUCUUAUAGAUUUUUUUAUAUAAAAAGAACUCUGCAUUAUGAUUUCGUAAGACAAUUUUGUAAUUAAUAUAUAUAUAUAUUCUUAUCCAUAUUUCUAAAGAGAUUGUUUAUGUGACUCAAACCGGUGCCACUACAAAUGCUAGCCUCAUAACAAGAAGAAUAAAGACUUUGAAAAGUCCAGCAAAGUUUUUGAGAAAUAAAAAGGAGAAUCAAAUAAAUAAUUAUCCUAAAUUACAACAAAAAAAAAAUGCUUCUCGACAAUAUGAGUCAUCCAAGAACAGUUUACAAUUAACUACAAAUCCCAUGAACCACCCUAAACAAUUUUUUUUUUUUUUUUCUCUCUACGGCAACAAAAUUAUGAAAGAGCACCAUCCGUCCUCUCUCCUCGCGAAUUUCAUUCUCUUUCUAUAUUGUCUUUUAUGUUGGAGGAGACGAAAGAAAAAAGUAUGGAAAAUUUGAUUGCAAAAAGAUGAAUUACCAGAUGAAUGAUUAUGUCCUCUUCAUGAGAUACCCCAAAAUGAUGCCAACCAAGCCAACAAUGAUCACGAACAUGAAAGGAACACCACUUUGAUUUCCUUUGCUUUCGCGCCUCAAGAUUUCCUACACAUCGUAGUUUUA